AUGGAAUUCCCAAAACACUUGAAAGUUGCAGCUGUAAAUGUUUGGCCGUAUUAUAUAUUCAAGGACCCUAAAAACAUCUCCGACAUCUCAGGAAUAGAAGGAGAAUUGCUCAAAGUAUUAGCUGAGAGACUAAAUUUCAGAUACACUGUUCUCUUACCAACAGAUGGUCAGCAGUUUGGCUUCAAGGAUGCUUCCGGAACCUGGACAGGCGUCAAAGGAAUGGUCGCGAGGGGCGAAGUGGACUUGACUGUCUCUCAUUUAGGCAUUACUGAAGAAGUAUUUAAAAUAGCAGAGAUGAGUGCACCUUAUUAUGCUGACUACAAGACCUUUGCUUCGGAUUUGCCACGCCCUCUGCCCAAAUAUACAGUUCUGAUACGACCAUUUUCUGUCUACGUAUGGAUAGCAAUUGUCGUUUGUUUCACUUUGAUCCCAUUUAUCUUUCAUUGCCUAACAGCUCGAAGACAAAGAGACUUUGGAAAUCAUUCUAAUGAAAAAGAGCAUGAUAGACCAAAAAAACAAAAAGCUCCAAACACAGCGAUGGGAAUCCUAGAUGGGUUUUUGCUAGUUUCGGACACACUUCUCAGAUUCAUUUACACAUCUGUUAUCUUGUCUGUUCUUACUGUGGAGCGCAAGGGAAAUGUUAUUCGGACAGCUGAGGAACUAGCACCACUGUUGAAGUCGAGAAAAUACAAAUGCAUGUUACUGAAAGGGAAUACUAUAGCGAAUUUUUUAAUGGGAAGCAAUCUGGAGUAUUUGAGAACCAUUGGAUCAGUGAUAAAAAACUAUAAUGAUCCUUACGUCCCUGCAGAAUACCAAAUGAAACCGUUUGGAGAUAAAAGAGUGGUGGUUGGUUCGAAAACGCUGUUUCAAAUAAUGCAUGGCCCUACUAAAUUCAUCUCAGAUGAUUUAAUGGAUGUUGCCAGUACAGCCGUUUUUCUGAAAAAAGGUUUCUGCUGCGAGGACCGCUUCAGCACAGUCCUUCUCCGCAUAGUGAGUGCAGGUUUGUAUGAAAAAUUCAUUCGUGAUGUGGCUUUUCCACAGGAAGUGAGAAUUUCUUCUUCGUUAGUGCAUACUGAUGCGGUGACGAAAUUGAACAUGAAUGCUCUUUCCGGUAUAUUCUUUGUUCUUUGCAUGGGUUAUAUUUCUUCUCUUGUGUUACUUUUAUUAGAAAUAGCGCAUGAUCGAUGGCGACGGAAACCAAAGAUCCGUAAGUUAAAACAAUAA